ACAAAAAAUAUUACCCAAUGGUAAUGAAUCACAGUAAAUGAAUUCAGUGGCGAAAGAUUGCAAUCCAAAAUUCGUAUUCAGAAAUGUUUGCCAGGGUUAUACAGGGUGUAACCUCUCACCACCUUCCAUAAUGUUUCGUUCCGACUUCAAAGCAGACUGUGACCCGAAAAACUGCAGAACAUUCUGGAACUGGGUUGAGAAUAUUUGAAUUCUUUCUUCGUUCCGUGCCUGAAAUUCUCGGAGAAACGAACCAACGGAUCCGGUGAAAAUAAAGAUGGAAAAAGAUAGCGGAGGGACGAAAGGAGGGAAAGCCUCCGGUCGAGAGGUCAGUGGAGGGGUCAGCAGUGGUUCCAGUGGGAUUAGUAGUGCUGGACUGUCCGACACAUCGUCAGAAACAAGUGAACAGAAGCGUCAGAACAACCAGCCACCAGCAACAAUUCUGUUGUCCCUGUGUGAGAAGGGAGAGUGGAUCCUCCUGGAGAACCGCUUGCGAGUGACAGAGAAGGGCGACCCGACACUAACCGUCAGCGACGAGAAUGGGGUGACACCACUGAUGGCGGCAGUGAAAGAAAACAAAAAUGUUGUCGUUGAACGGUUGUUGGAACUGGGCGCCCACGUCAAUGACAAGGCGAAGGACGGCCGCACGGCGCUGCACUAUGCCGCCAGUUUCGCCAGGGAUGAUGUCAUCAAGCUGUUGCUGUCCAAGAGAGCCGAGCCCAUGACACCAGCCGGGCGAUUGGGCCAACUUCCGCUUCACAUGGCCUGCGUCAGAUCCGGUGUAGGGCCCUCGACGAUCCAGCUGCUGCUGCGGGCCUCUACCAAGGAGGCGCGGCUCGCCAGAGACAAGGACGGAUCCAUCCCAUUAUUUCUGGCGAUAGAGGCUGGAAAUGGAGGAGUCUGCAAGGAACUCCUGUCACAGAUGGCCGACAAGCAGCUCAGAGCCCGGCGUCUGGGUUCUGGAGACACAGCGCUGCACAUCGCGUGCCGCAAGCACGACCUGGAGGUGGUCAAGCUGCUGCUGGAGGCUGGCGCCCCCAUCGAUGCGCAGAAUGACGAGGGUCAAACUGCGCUGCACAUCGCCACGUGGGAGGGCGACGAGAACAUGGUCAAGCACCUGGUCACCAUGAAAGCCAACCCCACCGUCAAGGAUAAGUUCGACAAAGAUCCGCUGCAGAUCGCGACCGAGAGAGGCAACACCCAGAUCGUCGACCUCAUGAUCGACAAGUUCAAGGCUCCCAUAGCCACCCGGACGAAGGACGGCAGCACCCUCAUGCACCUCGCCUCCGCCUACGGCCACCCGGAGACAGCUCUGGCCAUCCUGAAGAAAGGUGCACCGCUCUUGAUGCCCAACAAGGAGGGAGAGUUAUGCCUGCACGCGGCAGCCAGCAAGGGCCACGGGUCGGUGAUCAAGGCGAUGCUGGAGAAGGGCACGUCUGUGGACGCCACCACAAAGAACGGUUACACCGCCCUACACCUGGCAGUGCUACAUUGCAAACCUCAGGCCGUGCAGACUCUCCUGGGAUACGGCGCCAACGUGGAGCUGAAAGGAGGACUGGACGGGGAAUCCCCUCUGCACAUCGCAGCAAGGGUGAAGGAGGGAGAGAAGUGUGCGGAGACCCUACUCAAGAGCGGGGCCAACGUCAACGCCAAGAAAGAGGAUGGCGAGACCCCCCUGCACGUGGCCGCCCGUUUCGGUCAGUUGAACAUGGUUCCAGCUCUGCUGGAGGAGGGUGCUGACCCCACACAGGUGUCCAAGAACGGAGAGACUCCCAUCCACAUCGCAGCGAGACAUUGUCAACAUGAUGUGUUGGUCAAGACGCUGAUGUUCGUCUGCAAGCAAAGGACCCGGAUUGAUGCUGUCAUGCUGGUCAACCAGGCCAACUACGAAGGGGAAACCCCGGUGCACCUGGCGGCCGAGCUGACGGAGGAGUCGGCACAUGGCGAGUUCGAGGACACGGACCUGGUGAACUGUCUGCUGGACUUUGAUGGCGACCUCAACAUUCAGACCCGUCUGACGUGCGAGACGCCACUGCACUACUGCGCACGCGCAGGCAACGCCAACGUGAUGCUGGAGCUGAUGAGGCACCUCAAGCAGAAGAACCUUCAGGGCGCCAUCAACAGGCAGGCCAAGAACGGACAGUCUCCGCUGCUGGUAGCCAGUGAACAGGGGCAUGUGGACAUUGUCAAAAUCCUGCUACAGAACCACGCCCGGGUGGAUGUCUUUGAUGAGCACGGCAAGGCGGCGCUGCACCUGGCGUGUGAGAAUGGACAUCAGCAGGUGGCGGACGUCCUGCUCUGGCACAAGGCCUUCGUCAACGCCAAGUCCAAGCUCGGCUUCUCUCCGCUCCACCUGGCGGCGGCCACGGGCUACAACAACCUGGUGAAGCUGCUGCUGGAGACGCACGGCGCUGCCAUCGACGCCUGCUCGCUGGCAAAGAAAACGCCCCUACAUAUGGCUGCACAGGCGGGUGAGAUGGAAGUGUGCAGUACACUCAUCAAGUUAAAAGCUGACACCAACGCCACAGACGAGCGAGGGCAGACGCCGUUGCACCUGGCUGCGGAGAACGACCACUCUGAUGUCGUCAAGCUGUUCCUCAAGCAUCGCCCGGAGCUGGUGACCAUGGCCAACACCAACGGGAUGACGUGCGCGCACAUCGCCGCCUCCAAGGGCAGCGUGGCCGUCAUCAAGGAACUGAUGCGCUUCAGUAAGGUCAUCGUCACCACGGCCAAGAACAAGACCAAAGACUCGUCAGCCCUACACCUGGCCGUGGAGGGGGGACACAAGGAGGUUGUGGAUGUGCUGCUGGCGGCAGGGGCUUCCCCCAUGGAGGAGGAUGCUGAUGGCAUGACAGCAAUACAUCUGGCAGCCAAGUACGGCCAUCUGUCCAUCCUGGACGCCCUGAAGGCACACAUCAACUGGCGGUGUACCAGUCAGAAGACUGGACUGACGGCGCUUCACGUAGCAGCGCUCUACGGUCAGACGGAGUUUGUGCGUGAGAUGCUCACCCAGGUACCCGCCAUUCUCAGGAGCGAGGCACCCGGGUCGACACAGAAAGCUUUGUCAGAGAUUGCACAGGAGUCUGGCUUGACCCCUUUGCAUCUGGCGGCGCAGGCUGGUCAGGAAGGUGUGGUGCGGUUGCUGCUUAACUGUCCCGGGGUCCAGGUGGACGCCCCGUCCAACAUGUUGGGUCUCAUACCUAUACACCUGGCGAGUCAGAACGGCCAUAGCACAGUGGUCAGUCUCCUGCUGUCCAAGUCCACCUUCCAGCUGCAGACAAAGGACAAAAGAGGGCGCACGGCGCUGCACAUGGCGGCAUCCAACGGCCACCUGGACAUGGUGGCCCUCCUGUUGGGCCAGGGUGCUGACAUCAACGCCAGCGACAAGAAUGGCUGGACCGCGCUGCACUUCUCCGCCAAAGCCGGGUACCUGACGGUGGUGAAGCUGCUGAUUGAAUCCGGGGCUAACCCCAGCCUGGGUACCAAGGACGGCAAAGUGGCCGUGACCUUUGCUGCGGCCGCGAACCACUCGGAUGUGCUGAGCUUCCUGAUGAAGAAAGACCACAGCACUCAGUCACUCAUGGACGACAAGAAGUUCGUGUUCGACCUGAUGCAGUGCGGCAAGCUCAACAAAAACCGGUGUUUACAAGAGUUCAUCUUGCUGUCGCCGGCGCCACCUGACACGGCGGCCAAGAUGUCCUGCUCCCUCCGCCUGCUGUCGGUGAAGGAGAAGGAGAGAAUGAAGGACCUGAUGGCCGCCGCUGACUUCUGUGAGGUGCUGGCCACGGAACUGACGGCCAUUGCUGCCAGCGCCAGCUCCGCCCAACAGCUGCUCAAAGCCGUGGACUGUCAGGGCGUGCAGUUCCUCGAUGUCCUGAUCGAGAACGAGCAGAAGGAGGUGGUGGCCCACCCGUCGGUGCAAAAGUACCUGUCGGAUGUCUGGAUCGGCAGUCUCAACUGGUCGACAUGGAAGAUCCUGCUUUUGUUCUUGUUCAUGCUGGUGUGCCCUCUGGCCUGGAUCGUCUUCUCGCUGCCUACCAACAACCGUCUGAACAAGGUGCCCAUCAUCAAGUUCAUGACCUAUCUGGUCUCGCAUUUAUAUCUCAUGAUUCUGUACUGCACUGCCGUGGUGAUGCCAUUGUACCCGAUCUACGAGUCGGGCAGCCUGAUCCCUCACUGGAACGAGUGGCUGUUGCUGGCCUGGAUCUCCGGCCUGCUGGUCUCGGAACUCACCAACCCGGGCGACCGCGCAGGGCUGGGCUGGAUCCAGUCCCUCAACCUAGUCAUUUCCGCCGUGGGGGUCACUUGCCACGUGAUCGCCUUUGCCUACAUGGACACGAAUGACAAGUAUACGCUUUUAUACAUCCGCAACAACUUCUUCGCGCUCAUUCUGCUCUUCAGCUUCGUGCAGCUCCUCGACUUCCUGUCCUUCCACCACCUCUUUGGGCCGUGGGCCAUCAUCAUCCGGGACCUUAUGAAGGACCUCGUCCGUUUUCUCGUCAUCCUGCUCAUAUUCAUGUUGGGCUUCACUCUGCAACUGUCGGCUUUGUACCAGCCCGUGUAUCCGGAAGGAGACUCCAGCGUGGGAACCGAUGAUGUCAGCACCACCAUCUCCGUUCAGACGCCGGUGACGAUCUUCGAGUUCCUCUUCUUCUCGCUGUUCGGUCUGGUGGACCCGUCGGCCAUACCCCCCAUCUACCGCAGUCCCGUGUGGGUGAUGGACCUGGUCAAGAUCGUCUUUGGCACCUACAUGAUGGUCACGCUCGUCGUCCUCAUCAACCUCCUCAUCGCUAUGAUGUCGGACACGUACCAGCGCAUUCAGACCCAAUCCGACAUCGAGUGGAAGUUCGGUCGAGCCAAGCUGAUCCGCAAUAUGAACAAAACCUCGGGGACGCCCACACCUCUGAACCUGUUCACCAAGGCGUAUUUCUACAUCCGGCUUGUCGCCAAGUACAAGGGCAAGGUCCUCAGUACACAAGUACAGAAAUACAUUCGUGAGGAGGAAGAGGACCUGGCAGUGUUCCAAGAUGCCCGGCACCUGGACUUGGGUCAGUCAGCUGCCAGCUGGUUGCGCAGCUUCAUGCGCCGCAAUACUACCCAGGUGGCACCCGAAGUGGGCUUCAUAUCCAACCUGAGUCGCGUGCCCCAGCGCGUGGAGGACGUGGUGGACUGGGAGAUGGUGGUGUACAAGUACCUGGUGGCGCAAGGCAAGGAGGAGGAGUGGCAGGCCCUCAGUGGUCACCGCACGAAGACUGGGGAACCCGACGCCGACUACUCCUCCAGGGACGACCGUUGAGGGUGUGUCUGGUGAAAAAUAAAGGACAAGCUUCGAGGAUGUCAGUAAUCUUGAUGGAUAAGGAUAAGGAUAUCUACGAGGAUGAAAGAUAAAGUAUGAUCUUCGAGGGUAUCGACGAUAGAGAAAGAUAACCGACAGUCUGGGGAUGUUGACGAUGCUUCCCUUCCUGUUUUUGUAUCGUGAUAGUUUCCAGCACUGGACAGGUGAGAAUGUUUACACUUGAAUGUGUUUGUGCCGUGUCCACUAGGCAUGGACAAGGUUCACUGUGGCGACAAUCAGAACUUGUUCAGACAAGACUCCCCAACCUCAGGCGCCAACUGUAUCACAAAUGGAACGGGUUUCCCUCGGAGUUGGCCAUGUCUACAGAGGAAAUGGUCCUUUGAGUAGGAGUUUCAAAAGUUUGAAGUGACUUGCUUUUAUCAAAUAUUUUCUUGUUUUGAGAAAACUCUGGUUUCAUUUGCAUAUCGCGAAAAGGAGUGUAUAAAUCUGAGAAUAAUUUCAAAGUGUAGUCAAAAGCCAAAGAACCAACUAACAAACAAAAUGGGGGUAAAGGUGACAUUUAUACUUGUUUUAAACAAGAACUCGUGCAAGAACGUGGACCUAUAAUAAUUAAUUUUUAUUUGUACUUCAUGACUGCAGGCUUGUGAAUAUCACGACCAAAAAAAUGCGACGAAUUCUUGGUUAGGACAAUAGUUACAGACGAGACGGUCGCAGGCUCCGCACCAACAGCUCCGUGUCACCUGUGCUUGAGGACAUCUUUGGUCCGUUGGUUUGAAAGAAAAGUGCUUCCACCUGGCGACGACUUGGUGAGAGCAGGGUAGGGGGAGGGUGAGAUGGAGAAUGACUGGUUGAUGAAAGGUUCAGGUAGAAGGUAAUCGAACUUUGUGGAACGGCCGUUUCGAUAAUGAAAUGGAGGUUACAGACCGUCACGUGAUCAUUUUAACAAUUACUGCUUCCUGAUGCAAAGCUCACGCCACUGGCAUCCACCCAACACACAAGCCUACGCACCCCGAACCUCACCCCGAACACACACAUGAGCUUGUUACACAUGGAUGCACACGCACGCACGUCCGCUCAACCCACAGGCAACCUUUGACCUACGUCAUCGAAUAGCACAGGGGUCAUAAGGCCUCCUGCAUUUUCUCACUGCAUGGUCCACUAUUUUUAUGUGGCUCACUUCUAAUGACGCCUGUACCUUGUACCCCAGAAACGAAUUUAAAUGAUAGGCUCCUCACGUGACACGUGACUUAACCUGGAACGUUGAACGUAGAACAUUCUAAGCACAAAGCCCUUUAUCACUAAUUUUUCUUCGUCUCGUCAGCGUGCGUGCGCUUGUGUGUAUGUAUAUGCAUUUAUGCCUGUCUGUUUGUGUGUGUGUAGACGAAGGAAGCCUGUUGUGUGCAAUCAGCAGUCGACAAUGUGAUAUGGAUACGGGUCAAUGAAAAUAACCGGUGUCGUAUUUCAUCUGAGGUCGUUUGAGUUGAAUAACACUUCAAGCUUCGUUAACCUUUUCUGCUUCCCAGCACUUGCCUCAAAUCGUUUAGAAGCAUAACUGUGAUUGGAAGUGAUGAACAAGCUGACAGGGACGGUGAGCUGUGCUCACUUCUCCUACAAAGCUAAACACUCCUUCGUAUGACAGUCCUCGCGCAAAGAAUGAAGAGUUCUGCCUUAUUAUGAUUAUUAUUUCGUGAAUAUAAACUUGUGGAAAAAGAAUGAAAAAAUUUACGGGUCUGAUCUUAUGUUUGUGAGUGUGUGUCAUUCUUUGCUUGCACGUGUGAUCUAAGUCAGUGGCUUCCGGUUUAGUCACACUCUUUGUUUAGGCUCGCCGAGACUAACAGCGGAGAACUUCGCGAGAGGCUAAGCGUUGGUCUCGGC